AUGGAUGGGCCAUUUAGAAUACCAACGGGAAGAUAUCCUAGAAGUGAAUGGUCCUCGGCUGCUGCAGUCAAAUGGUAUACAAGCAAUACAUUUUGUCCGUGUUUAACGAAUAAAGCUUUAGGAACACAAGAUCCUGAUUGCUUAUUUACAUUUCGUUUUAUUAUAACAGAAAUUCACAAUGAGUUACAUAGAUUACACGAAGAACGCAUGGAAAACAAUAAAUCACUACCGUCAGUUAUCUAUCGAGGAAAAAUUUUACCAACGAUUCAAUUUCGAAUAUUGUACGACAAUAUCAACAAUCUAGUUUCAAUGAACGGGUUUUUGUCGGCUAGUUCAGAUGAAAAAGUUGCAGCUAUGUAUUGUGCUAAAGACGCUGUUACCUUUGACCGUGAAGGUUACGAACAGGUUCUGUUUAAAUUAUCGAUUAACGAAGAUGUUAAAAGAAAACCAUUUGCUUCAGUUAAAGACUCUAGUCAUAUGAAAUUUGAAAAUGAGAUAUUAUUUUCUGUUGGCACAAUAUGGCAGGUUAAAUCUAUUACAAAAGAUGAUAAUAUUUGGAUUGCUGAAUUGGAAUUAAGUGACAAAGAUCCAAGUAUUGAGUUGACUGAUUACUUAAAAAAACAACUAGGUGAAGUAUCAACAUAUGUGACGUUAGGAAACUUUUUAGCAGAAUUAGAGGAAUUUGAAAAAGCUAAAAGAUAUUAUCUUAUGUUACUCGAAGAUCUACCUGAAGAGCACGACGACAGAUCAAUAAUUCUUAAUAAUCUAGCGUGUUUGGAAUGCGAAAGAGGUGAACAUGAUGAUGCAGCCCGUUACAUUAAUGAGGCAAUCAAAUACAUUAAUAAAAAGACAAGAAAUGAUUCACACAGCACUAAUGAGAUGGUAUUAGAAGUGGCCAAAUGUACAGAAAACGUUAUAGUACGUCAAUGCAAUCAGACUCUUCGUUCUGCAACUACUGCCUCCAACACUUGUGCAGCUCCAAUCGAGGAUACAAUUAAUUUGAUAACAAAAUCGUUAACAGCGGAUCAUUCAUUAGUCGGUAAGAUAUUAAAUAAUCAAGGUCUUUUGUAUUACAAUAGUGGUGACUAUGAUAAAGCUAUAACAAAUUUUAAUCGAGCGUUGGAAAUUUUCCAAUACCCACCUGACCAAGCAGCGGCUUAUAAUAAUAUUGCUGUUAUUAAUUUUAAACAAGGACAUUUCCAGGAUGCAUUACGAAAUUUUCGACUAGCAAUUAAAACUGGUCUUCAACUGCUAAAAUCUACUUCACAUUCGAUUACAGACUAUGUAAAUAAUGAAGCAGCAGUUACAGAGUAUAUUGACAGAAACUCUAUAAGACUUCCGGAAAACAUACCUAUACAUCAAGAUUAG